UGUGGUAAGGGCCUUCCCAUUCUCAUUUUGAUGCAUGUUGAUGUUGCAGUGUACUGAAAUCAUCAGAGAAUGGUAGCGGCUGGUACUCGCUGGGCCCUCCUUUUCUUCAUUAUCAUUCCAUUGUUAAGUUUCAUGGUUGGAAGUGAAAAAAUCAUCAUCAGAGGCGCAUCCAAAGUGACAGAAUUCAUACAUGGAGAUGGAGAUGGAGAUGGAAAACGAUGGGCUGUUUUGGUUGCUGGAUCCAGAGGUUACGACAAUUAUAGGCAUCAGGCUGAUGUAUGCCAUGCAUAUCAAAUUCUUAAGAAAGGAGGGUUGAAAGAUGAAAACAUCGUAGUUUUCAUGUAUGAUGAUAUUGCAUUUGACGUAAAUAAUCCAAGGCCUGGCAUCCUCAUCAACAAACCCAAUGGGAAUGAUGUUUAUAAUGGGGUUCCCAAGGAUUACACUGGAGAUAACUGUACUGUUGACAACUUAUUUGCUGUAAUUCUGGGAAACAAAACUGCUCUCACUGGUGGUAGUGGAAAAGUUGUGGAUAGUGCUCCUAAUGACCAUAUUUUCAUAUAUUACAGUGACCAUGGCAGUGCAGGUGUAGUCGGUAUGCCCUUUGGUGAUGAUCUCUAUGCCAAUGACCUUAUAGAUGUGUUGAAAAAGAAGCAUCACUCUAAAACAUAUAAAAGCAUGGUAAUUUACGUUGAAGCAUGUGAGUCUGGGAGCAUGUUUGAGGGACUACUUCCAAGCAAUUUAAGCAUAUAUGCAGUUACUGCUUCAAAUGCAGUGGAGAAUAGUUGGGGAACAUAUUGUCCUGGACACUAUCCAUAUCCUCCUCCCGACUAUGACACUUGUUUAGGCGACUUAUUCAGCAUUUCUUGGAUGGAAGACAGUGACUUGCAUGAUUUACGCAAGGAAACUCUGAAGAAGCAAUAUCAAGUGGUUCGAAGAAGGACAGCAGUUGACAACUUUGAUCGCUCUCAUGUAAUGCAAUAUGGAGAUAAAAAGCUGAGUCAGAAUCCAGUCUUUGUUUACAUGGGCACUAACCCUGAUAACCAAAACUUUACUCUCACUCCUCAAUAUUAUACCUCUUCUUCUUUUUCCUGGAGCGUUGUUAAUCAACGUGAUGCGAGUCUUCUCCAUUUUUGGCUCAAGUAUCAUAAAGCCCCUCGAGGGUCUACUGAGAAGGCAGAAGCAGGAAAGAAGCUACGCGACAUCAUUUCUCAUACAAGGCAUGUGGACCGCAGCAUAAACCAGAUUACUAAAAUUUUGUUUGGGGACAAAAAGGCUUCACAGAUUUUGACGCUGAUUAGACCUUCUAGCCAACCUCUUGUUGAUGAUUGGAGUUGCCUUAAAAUGCUUGUGAAGGCUUACGAGAAACGCUGUGGUCAGUUAUCAUGGUAUGGAAAGAAAUAUACACGAGCUAUUGCUAAUAUGUGCAAUGCUGGAGUGCGUGUGGAGCAAAUGAUAGAGGCAUCAACCCAGGCCUGCAUGCUUUAUGGAUAAAUCUAAUUAAUGGUCUUACUGUUGCAGACAGCCACCUCCAAAAGCAAUUAGGCAAAUGAUUAGCC